AGUCCAAUCCCGUAAUCAGCUACUGUGCGGUUGUGCUGGCCAGCAAGUGUUGCAGGGGUUUCGGCUAUGUCGAAGUGUGCACCGACACCUGUCGCUGCGGUCCAUCGUGUACGUGAUUGGUGAGCCGUAUCAGCAGAUUGAGCAGAAACGCAGAAAACCAACCAACCUGCUGAACACACAAACCCAAAAGAAAUCAAAAGACUACCAGGGGCCCGAAAAUGUUCUCUCGAAAGGAGUUGCCCUGCCUGGGGGCACUGUUUUUCGCGACGUUGCUGCACCUGAGCAGUGCGCUGCAGCUCGAAGGACUCUCAACAAAGAAGCCACGCGUUACGAAAUACACCAUGAAGCCAACGUUCAGCUCGGCUACCGCCGUGCCGUCGUCGCUGUCCCUGUACCGCCUGAACGCCCCGAGUGGAGCGACGUGCAUUCUUAUCCAGACGGAUGCGCUGCUGAGUAUUCAGUAUCGAGACAAGUACAACGAGGAUAAGGAAGCGGAUUCGUUCCUGCCCGAUCAGAUGGACGUGUCGGGUGAGUGCUGGGAGGACGAAUCGCGCGUUACGAUGGCCUGGAAAGGGUUCGUAGUCAGCAUUUUCUUCUCGAAGACGCCAGGCGGCGAGCGUUGGUACGUGAACAGUGUGGACCUCUCGUACUCGUCCUCCAACAAACUGUUCGAGCAUAUUGACCGUCCCGGGCUGGACGUGAAGCUGUCCACCCCGCCCGGCACACUACUCUUCCCGACACCGGUCGGCAAGUCGUACACCUGUGACAAAGAGCUCACCAUCACGAUGUUCGCACAGGACGAGAACGACAAGUCGGGUCACCUGGCCAAGCUGUACCUGCGCGAGCUGCGGAUGCAGAGCUUCAUGUACAAGGCGGGCAACAACUGGGGACCCACGUUCCAGUGCAGCGCCACCGGCACUUACCGGGACGAGACGGCCCCGAUCGCGGUCGGCUCGACACUGGCCGUCGCCACCGUCUGUACCGUCGUUGGGUACGGCUUGUGGAGAUACUUCAAGGUAAAGAAGUUCCAGUACGGAACCAUGGCUUAAACAACCCGUUAUCACUGUAAGCGGAACUGUUCCGGAUCGUGGCCAAACAGUAGAACGCACUAGGGCAGCACACCGUAGCUGGAACGAGCUGGAAGACGCAACAAACCGCAGUUCCUGAAAAUAACACACAGACACUAACCCACACACACAGUAAAAUUUCCUCUCUUUUCCUCGACUUCCGUUACUACAUUACGACAUUCGUGUACUGAGUUGACAAAGCAACUCCCUCCGCGUCCCAAACCGCCAUACCAGAUCGAGAUUGUGGAUCGAAAAAGGGAACCAAAUCCUGCGGAAUUUUCAAAAAAUCAACUGGCACACGUGAAGCGAAAUGAAAUGUCGAUUGGAACUGGCAAACAAACCGAAAAACGAGAGAACCGUAUUGAGGAAAGAGAAAAGGCAACAGCUUACCAAUUACAGCUACCAAUUCCACCAUACAAGCAAAAUCUAACAUAUUUACCGACAGUUUUAGAUGUAAGGGAAAACCGUAGCCGUAUCGAAAUACACAUAGUACAUAUACAUAUAUACAUAUAUACAUUUACAAAACUUAACUACGAUGGAUACGAUAAAGAGGAGGAAUUGCUAGAAGGAGCGAAAAUGAAAAUAGGCCAAGAAAGCCAGCAUAACGACAAGGAAACCGAUGGCAAACGAAACGGCGGGAAAGAAAAGCAAGUAAACUGCGAGCGCAGCAAAGCGUUUAAAAACAGUCUUCCAUUUUCAUUUAAAUGAAAUAAUCGUGUGAUUGAAUGAUUAAUGAACAAACCAACCAAACUAAGAGAGAAACAAAAAGAAGCAAAAUGAAAAACAAGUAAAUAGUUAAGCUUACGGUGUCAUGUAAUGAUAGGGCUACUGGCGCGAGAUCGCGAUCGCGACCAGAAGAAAGCGGCUAAGCAACGUAAAAAGUUAAGGAAGAAGCGAAGAAUGUCGAAUCGAUCCGGGCGAAGAUUACAAAUGAAACAUUGCAUCUUUUAUCCUUUUUUUACCAUCUCCAAAACUGCACAACCUCUGCAAGCGGAUAUUUGCACAGUAACUCUUCUGAACGUAACGGAACUCCUUUUUGCAUUGCACAGAUUGUACAUAACGCACGCUCAACGGUGCCGAAAUCGCAAAGUCACUUUCGUAUUCGAAAUUCUUCUCUUCUUCGAACUCGUCACGUUCCGAAUAAUUAAAGACGUAAAUAACGUAAAAUAAGGUGCACUCGCGUGCUGACGGCUUACUAACAGACUGGCCAAACAUACCGCACUCCCGUAAAUUACACAACACGAACACGCGUCAAAGCUGUGCCUAGGAGAACGGCGUUAAUGGCGGACCCCAUCAGGCGGUCCGUUGUGUUCCCUACCAGUCGGCAGUCGGGCGUAGAAGCUUCUAAAUCUCUUUUAAACCAUCUGUAUGUUGUUGAUCAAGUAUAUCGCUAACCGUUUACACUAUCGAACCGUUUACACUGCAGUAAUAAAUUUACUAUUAUUUGGAAGUUAAAACCAAACAAUUCGGUUUAGCCAGUGAGCUCACUAGCGCAAAAGCGAGCGAGCAGAAAGGACAGCGAAAUACUCUCCAUACGUUAUUUAAAGCUGCAGGGCGAGAACCGCACCAGACAUUGUUUCGGUUUUGUGUUACUGUUCAAUGUAAUUAGCGUUAAAAGGG